CCAAACUUGCCCAACCCGAACCUUUCAACAGCACACGGUUUGCCAUUACUCGAUACACGACCCAUCUGACUAUUAGCACCACUGUCGCCUCUUCACACUCUACAGCAAGGAAUUGUUAGAUAUUCCACCACCGCUUCCCCUCCUCUCUACUCACCUGUCUCUGUACUAGUACAAGGAAAGAUCUAGAAAGGCUCGUCACUAGUCCUUUUUUUCAUCAAGAUUCGGAACCUUUUUCAGGCGUGACGUCUGGCGUAUGACUGCUGCGUCAGUCAAACCCUGAAGGUACGUGUCUGCUGCUAGUUUGCACACGGCGCAUCACAUCAUCCACCACCUCUCUCUAUACUAUAUAUCGGACUCUCCGUUCAUCAUGUCCUUUCCGCCACCUCCAGGUCUCAGACAAGCCCCGUCGUCUCUUCCUCCCCGGCCGCCGGCAACAGCAAGCGGUGCCUCACCAUCUACCUUUCAACCUGCAUAUUCGGCGGCACCGUCAGGUGCAAGCAGCAGCUAUGGCGGAAACGGGUCUCGGCCGGGCUACAGCGCCAUCACAGCAUUCCAGCCUCGCUCGGUAGCUUCUAGCCAACCUUACCGUACCAGCAGCCCCGUCGUGUCCGCCCCACCAACCACAUCUAGUGGAUAUUCGACACCGACUACGGGCAGUUACGGUGGCUACUACCCUCAGGCGCAAGCGUCAUAUCAAAGCGGCCCUUCUUACUACGGAGCCGCCCAAUACAAUGAAAACACAUACGGUCCGUCUGUACCUCGGAUUCAAAACCCCUUUACGCCCGCGGGGGGGGAUCAGUCAGGCGCCUAUGGCAUGCGUGGGAGGAACUUUGGCCGGAAUGAAUCAGGGCUGGACCCUGAAACGGAAGCCCAGAUUGCACAGUGGCAGAGUGCCUACGUAAACAAGGAGGAGAUGCCCGUAGCCGGCAAGGUUCCUGGUCGCCCGGGUGUUAACCCGGGUGUUACUGGUCCCGCUUCUGGUGCAAACACCCCAUCCGGUUCCAAUACAGCGGCUAACACGCCAGCACCCACCGUGGGUAACCCGGAGCCUGCACCGAAGACUGUGGUCCGUGCCGGAGGUGGUCAGACCUGGUCCGAUUCGACCCUACUCGAGUGGGAUCCCGCACAUUUUCGCUUGUUUGUAGGCAAUCUGGCUGGUGAGGUCACGGACGAUUCGCUACUCAAGGCAUUUUCCAAGUACACCUCCGUUCAAAAGGCUCGAGUAAUCCGUGACAAACGUACCCAGAAGAGUAAAGGUUACGGAUUCGUCAGUUUCAGCGACGGCGACGAUUAUUUCAAGGCUGCGAGAGAGAUGCAGGGCAAGUACAUUGGCUCGCAUCCGGUUCUGCUCCGACGAGCCACCACAGAGGUCCGUCCCGUGUCCAAUACGAAAAAUGGGAAGAAGCACGGUGGUGGGGGCGGUUCGGGUGGUGGCUCCGGCAGUGGUAAAGUCAAGCACGAUGGAGUCAAAAAGCACGGAAAGACCAAGGGAGGACUCAAGAUUAUUGGAUGAAGGGAGGCAUGCUGUAUGUCCUCGAAGAUAAAUAUUUUGACAAUCGGAUAAAUAUAAUGCAUAAAGUUACGUCUACAGUGAUAAAAUUAACGGGGAGCAGCGGGAUACCGUGGCCUUGCGGAAUUACUAUUCGCAUCCUUCCAAGGUCAUCAUACAGCAGUCACAUAUCGGUUACAGAAGUUACUGCGCAAUUAAACACAUUCAUCUGCUAAAGCCUUAAGUGGACUAAAACUACAGAGUCCUUGUAUUGUGAC